GUGGAUAUAAAUUUGGGGUCUCCAUCAUUAACAUUUCCUUUUGGGGAGAUAUUGAAUCGACAACCAAACAGCCCUCCUUUCCCUUUUAAGAAGCUCUUCCGUCGCCUCUCUUCCCUCUCCGCCUGACCCUUCAAUGGAAGUCUCAGCCGAUGAUCGUUUCGAUUUUGGGAAGAUGGGCUAUGGAUGCAAGCAUUAUCGCAGGAGAUGUAAGAUUCGAGCCCCAUGUUGUAAUGAAAUCUACCCCUGUCGCAUGCAAGCAUUAUCGCAGGAGAUGUAAGAUUCGAGCCCCAUGUUGUAAUGAAAUCUACCCCUGUCGCCAUUGCCAUAACGAAGCUACGAGUGUGAUGACCAGACCCUUUGAUCGUCAUGAACUCAACCGUUUCGAUGUUAAACAAGUUGUCUGUGCGGUUUGUGACACGGAGCAGCCAGUUGCUCGAGUUUGCACGAAUUGUGGGGUUAAUAUGGGGGAGUAUUUCUGUGAAAUAUGCAAAUUCUAUGAUGAUGAUAUUGAGAAGGGGCAGUUCCACUGUGAGGAUUGUGGGAUUUGUAGGGUUGGCGGUCAAGAAAACUAUUUUCAUUGCAAGAAGUGUGGAUCAUGUUACUCCGUAAAUUUGCGUGACAAUCAUUCGUGUAUCGAGAACUCUAUGCAGCACCACUGUCCAAUAUGUUAUGAGUAUCUCUUCGACUCGCUGAAAGACGUUGCUGUUAUGAAAUGUGGACACACGAUGCAUCGCGAAUGUUACUUCGAGAUGAUAAUACGUGAGAAAUACUGUUGUCCGAUUUGCUCUAAGUCGGUUAUCGACAUGUCCAAAGCCUGGAAACAAUUAGAUGAGGAGAUUGAAGCAACAGUCAUGCCGGAGGAAUAUCGUGACAAAAAGGUAUGGAUUUUGUGCAACGACUGCAACGACACGACUGAAGCGUGCUUUCACAUAAUUGGGAAGAAAUGCUGCCACUGCCAAUCGUACAACACGCGCGCCAUAGCUCCUCCAGUUCUCCCACAGUGAUAGAGAUCAUCAUCAUCAUCAUAUGUUAAGAGGGUUUGGUUGGUUGGGUUCUGUAUCAGUUAUAUAUAUAUAUCUCCCAUUAAUAUCACUUCAAACAUUGCAUUUCUGAGUAAUUGGGUUGUGGAAUCUUGGAAACUGUUGUUUUUUCAGGUUGUUAAUUCUUCUUCCUCCAUUGGUGGGGUCUUAAAGAAACCCAGGUAUAAUGAAUUUGUAACCAUAUAAUAUACUAACUUU